AUGACGUCUAAUGGGACUAGGUUAAGCGCAGUUGCCAGGCGCCGGCUGCAGCAGGUACGGUCUGGCAGCUCAACUCCAGUAGGACCAUCAGCAGCACCUGAAUUGGAGAAGAGCCAAACCCAGUCACCCUCGAGAGACUUGACUUCAAAUUCUUUACAAAAAACCGAUGAUGUAAAGCCUACAGAGGAAGCCAUUUCUCAAAAUCAAUUUACACCUCUGGUGGAAGCAUCGGCAGUUCAUUUCAGUUCUACUCGAGAAAUUGAGCAAGUCAACAAGGCGUCCAUCAAAAUCAAACUUUCUCGAUCACAGAAAUGCUUCGUCCUGGGUAUAUGUGAUCUCUGGGUCAAGAAUGGAUCUAUACUUGUGUACGGCACCACCAUACGAGCAUCGCCCGCAGUUUAUCGCAUCUAUGCCCCAAGCAGUCAUGCCCUGCCCUCAAUAGAGGCAUGUGAGAAGCAAACAGAAUUUCAGCUCGACUCGGUCGGUAUUGGUCUCGGAGAGCUACCUUAUGUGGGCACAAGGAACAUAUGGGCGCCACCAGGAGUGGAACAGUCUGCAUUGACCUUCUAUGUCCUUGGUCACACAUUUGACCACGAUGCAAAGGCGCCGAAGCGGUUUAAAGAGCUCAAUAUUGAUCCUUGGAAGUCAUUCUUGGGUCCACUUGAUCGAGGUGGCAGCAAUCCCGCAUCUGUUCCACCACGCCUCCUACUUUGCGGCCGACGGUCAUCGGGCCUUUCAACCUUCUUCCGGUGUUAUGUCAACCAUGUUCUGGAAACAAGUGCAGGUGGUCCGGGCCGCAGCAAUAGACGACCACAACAAGUGACGGUACUGGACCUUGAUUCAACCAUGCCCGAGUUCUCUCCACCCGGCACCAUCAGCCUUGUUCAUUUGAGGACCCCUAUCUUAGGUCCGGCUCUUACCCAUAUGCUUCCGACUCAGGGUACUUCAAGUCGGAUACUAAAGCUACAUUUCGUAGGCGACGUUGAGGCUGCCAAUGUCUCCGAGUCUCAAAUCGAGUGUAUCUUGGACCUACUCGAGGUUGAGAAACACGCUCGAGACAAUCUCGGGGGAGCUAUCAUGGUGAUUUUAGCACCGAAAUGGCUGAAUGAGACAGAUGCGGUCACAGCUGGCAAGCUAUGGGCUAAGAUGGCACCGACGGAAGUUGUCUGUCUUGACAACAACACAACUUCACCGCAUCUGCGACCUUGGAGAUCAUUGGCAGAGGCUGCGGAUUGCUCGAUCCGAUUUUUGCCAGUACAAACCUUUGAUAAGCUACCCUUGUUACGGGAACACGACCUUCAGAUGCAAUCAUAUUUUCACUCCAAGGCCACUCGAGCAGGACGCAUGUGGUGGGAUGACAGGCCAAUUCUGGCAGACACCGGAGCACAGAUAACACUCACUUAUCGAGGCAGACACGCGCAAGUCAAAGCUAUUGCCCUCGUUGGUGGGUAUGUUGGGCUGGAAGACACGUACGAUGCUCUUGAAGGUAGUGUUGUUGCUAUCGUGGCGGUGAAAGCCAGAAGGAGUCACCAGUCAGAUAGUGAGCAGAAUCAUGUCCAGGAUCUUGAGAGUGGCAGCCUCGAUGCAGAAGAUAGGGAUAUCUUACCCGGUGUGGCGCGGACCGAGGAGGGGCUUCCCCGGUUAAUGACCGGCGAGGAAGGUUAUGGCGUACCGGCAAAGAGGUCUGAGUGCAUGGGCUUCGGACUCGUUACGAGGAUCGACAUCGCACAACAACAGAUCAGACUCCAAGCCGGUGGUACAUUGCAGGUGAUUAUUCAGGAGCGAAUGCAGGGGCAACAGGUAGUACUGGUGUUGCAGAAGGCUACAUCGGAUGGACGUUACAAGCCGGAUUGGGCGAGGAGAGAGAUUGAAAAGCCCGGGAAAGAGAUGUUGGACAGCCAAGGGACGAUUGGUGCUGAAUUGAGGUAG